AUGGGCGGCCUCACCAUGGACCAGGCCUUCGUGCAGGCCCCAGAGCACCGCCCCAAGCCCACCAUGACCGAGGCCACCGGCAUCCCCCUCAUCGACCUCUCGCCUCUCAUCGCCAAUGGCGGCGACGCGGCCGCGGUGGACGCGCUGGCCGCCGAGGUGGGCGCGGCGAGCCGGGACUGGGGCUUCUUCGUGGUGGUAGGCCACGGCGUGCCCGCGGAGACCGUGGCGCGCGCUACGGAGGCGCAGCGCGCGUUCUUCGCGCUGCCGCCAGAGCGGAAGGCCGCGGUGCGGAGGAGCGAGGCGGAGCCGCUCGGGUACUACGAGUCGGAGCACACCAAGAACGUCAGGGACUGGAAGGAGGUGUUCGACCUCGUCCCGCGCGAGCCGCCGCCGCCGGCAGCCGUGGCCGACGGCGAGAUCGUGUUCCAGAACAAGUGGCCCCAGGAUCUGCCGGGCUUCAGAGAGGCGCUGGAGGAGUAUAUGAAAGCCAUGGAGGAGCUGGCGUUCAAGCUGCUGGAGCUGAUCGCCCGGAGCCUGAAGCUGAGGCCCGACCGGCUGCACGGCUUCUUCAAGGACCAGACCACCUUCAUCCGGCUGAACCACUACCCUCCGUGCCCCAGCCCCGACCUGGCCCUCGGCGUGGGGCGGCACAAGGACGGCGGCGCCCUGACCAUCCUGUACCAGGACGACGUCGGCGGGCUCGACGUCCAGCGGCGCUCCGACGGCGAGUGGGUGCGCGUCAGGCCCGUGCCGGGCUCGUUCAUCAUCAACGUCGGCGACCUCAUCCAGGUGUGGAGCAACGACAGGUACGAGAGCGUGGAGCACCGGGCGUCGGUGAACUCGGAGAUGGAGAGGUUCUCCAUACCCUACUUCUUCAACCCGGCCAUGGGCACUCUGGUGGAGCCGUUGGAGGAGAUGGUGAGCGAGGAGAACCCGUCAAGGUACGACGCGUACAGUUGGGGGGAGUUCUUCAGAACCAGGAGGAGAAGCAACUUCAGGAAGCUGGAUGUCGACAACAUCCAGAUCGCGCAACUCAGGAAGGACAGAUGA